AUGACCCGUUAUAUCCUCACAGGUACCAGCGGCCGUCUGGGGUCUCGAGUGCUGCGACAGGUACUGGAGAAGAGGUUGAUCCCGGCAACGGAUCUGAUCAUCUCGUCCUCCAAUCCGGAUCGCGUCCCAGCCAUCGCCAAAGAGUACGGCGUUGAGGUCCGCCGAGGCGAUUACACCGACACAGUGUCGCUGAAGUCUUCCUUUGCUGGGGGCGAUGUGUUGUUUCUUGUUUCUCACACUGAUCCCGGCAUUCAACGGGUCGAAUUCCACAAGAACGCGAUCGAAACGGCUCGGGCUGCGGGUGUCAGGACAAUCAUCUACACGAGCAUGAUGUUCGGUGGUGAGACGGGCUUGAAGAGCGUCAUCGGCAUCCAGCAGGGUCAUAUUCACACAACCAACUACUUGGCACAAUGUGGUAUGGACUACGUGAUUGUCCGAGAAGGCCUUUACACACAGGUCUGGGGAUACUAUGCCGGGUUUCAACAGGGGAUGUUCAAAAAGGGAGACACGCAGCCUCCGGAAUGGGUCGUCCCCAAUGGGGCGGCUAUCUCGUGGGUCGACAUCGAUGACCUAGCCAAGGGCAACGCCAUUAUUCUGGCCAACUACGGGAAAUAUAUCGGCCAGACGCUGCGAUUGACGGGGCCCCGAGCAACGUCAGUGAGCGAGAUCACCAAGCUCGUGGAACAGAGAACCGGCCGCAGGGUGGAUCUUCGGUUCGUGGGAAGGCAGGAAGCCGUCAAGUAUCACAAGGAGCAUGAGAGCGUCCCCAGGGAGUCUUUUGGCUGGCUAGAGGACAAUUGGGGCGGCUGGUGGGAGGGGCUCGCAGCUGGGGAGGGCGAAGUGGUCGAUCCGUUCCUCGGGCAGCUGCUGGGACGGCCGGCCAGGGGCAUCGUGGAGAUGGCGGACAAGAUGUUGAGGCCCCAGUAA